AUGUUCUCUCGCCCACUCCACCUCGCCAGUGGGCUUCUCGCCUUCGCCUUCGCCUCCCUUUCCCUCGCCAAUGCCUCGACCCCCCAGAGCAGCUCCCCACUCCCCAGGGACGGCUCCCCGCUGAACGCGCCCCGCCAUCUCUUCGCCCGCCAGUGCGACACCGAAGCGAUCUGGCCGCCCGGCCCCGGCAGCGCGCUCGUCCCGCAAGCCCCGACCGCGGAGCUCAAGCAGAUGCUGGCCGAGAUCGACCCCGCGCGGAUAAACGCGACGAUCGCCAAGCUCGUCUCCUUCGGCACCCGCCACACGCUCUCGUCGCAGACGGACCCCGCGCGCGGGAUCGGCGCGGCGCGCGACUGGCUCGUGCAGGAGAUGCGCGCGCUCGCGCGCGGCGCGCCGCACGUCGCGGUCACCGCCCCGAGCUACGUCCAGCCGCCGACGGGCGAGAUCCUGUUCGCGGUGAACAUCACGGACGUCGUCGCGACGAUCCGCGGCGCGGCGGAGCCGGGCGCGUCUCCUCCGCGUGUUCGCCGCGCGCGCGCCCCGCCGGCGACGAUCGUCCUCGCCGCCGUCGCGGGCGAGGAGCAGGGCCUGUUCGGGUCGGACCACCUCGCGGGGCUCCUGAAGGACGCGGGCGCGGACGUGCAGGGGAUGUUCACGAACGACAUCGUCGGCGCGAGCAAGGGCGACGCGGGCGCGGCGGACCCGUUCUCGAUCCGGCUCUUCGCGCAGGGCAUGCCGACGACGGAGUCCGCGGCGACGACCGCGAGGCGCGAGUCGAUCGGGGGCGAGAACGACAGCCCCGCGCGCGAGCUCGCGCGCUUCGUGCACGAGGUCGCGACGAACGCCGCGACGAACAUGACCGUGCGCGUGAUCUACCGCCUGGACCGGUACCUCCGCGGGGGCGACCACGAGCCGUUCCUCGAGCGCGGCUUCCCCGCCGCGCGCUUCACGGAGCCGCACGAGAACUUCGCGCACCAGCACCAGGACGUGCGCGUCGACGCGGCGACGGGCGAGCAGUUCGGGGACCUGCAGGAGUUCUGCGACGCGGCGUUCAACGCGCGCGUCGCGCGCGUGAACGCCGCCGCGGUCUGGGCGCUCGCGCACGCGCCGGGCACGCCGAAGAACGUGACGAUCGACACGAGCGUGCUGACGAACAACAGCACGCUCGCGUGGGCGGGGGACGCGGCGGGGGACGUGGCGGGGUACGAGGUGCUGUGGCGCCCGACGGACGCGCCGUUUUGGACGACGGUGAUCCCAGUGGGCUUGGUGGACCGCGCGACGGUGUUGGUGUCGAAGGACAACGCGGUGUUUGGGGUGCGGGCGGUGGGGAAGAAUGGGUUCAAGAGCCCUGCGACGUUCCCCUUCCCUGGGUAG